AGGCGCAACCGGAACCACCGGGCGGAACGUCACAUCCGGUUUGCCUCCGCAGCGCCCUCCCGCGCGCGUGCGGGACGGAGGGAGGAGCGACGCCCGCUCGCUUCGGCUCGCCGACGGUAGCCGCCGGAGCAGAGCGUCAAAAAUCGGCCUGGCCUCUCGGUGGCCUGCUGGCUGCUGCGUUGCGUGUGUUGUGUGUUGUGCUGGUGGCGGGGUGCUGGCGCGCGCGCGCGCGCUAGGAAGUCGCCUGUGCGCGUUUGGCUUCUCGAAGGGUGCCGUGCGGGUGGCCGCGAUCUUCCCGCGGGCGGCGGCGGUGCGGUUAUUUUGUGUGUGUGCCCACAGCGUGCGCCGCCGAAAACCGAUGUGUGCGUGUGGCCCGGAAUGCGGAAUCCCAGCGGCUGCGUCGAUGCCCUGCUGCUGACUUCCUCGGCGGCGGCGGGAUCGAGCCAGUGAGGAGAGCGAUCGAGAGAUUUCUCGUCUACGGUCCCCGACCGGGGGGCUCCUGCGACGAGCGUUCGUAGCGAAGAGCUCAGAACUGCCGGUACCAGCUGCGACCGGCGAGACUCGGCAGUGAUCGAGGCAUCUGGAAAGAGGGAGCGGCGAAUUUGCACAAGGGGUCUGCGGAGAGGAAAUAAAAGAAAAAAAGGUGCUGACGUCACGCCUCCACCAUAUACGCGAAAGUGGCCGCCGCUCAGGGAGUUGUCCAGCGUCCACCACUGGCUCCGGUCUUCGGAUUAAAUCGGCGUCCCCCGACAUGCCACCGCGACGGAUUGGGCUUAGCGGAGCCUUGAGUCGUGGAACCGGAAGCCAUGAGCGAGCGCGCGGCUGGAGACAGUCCUGAGGAAGGCCACUUCCUCCUCUUCCUCGGGCGCCGGCCCGUCCUUCCUAUGGUUCAACAACACCAGCACUCUUGCGCUGCACUGACCUUCUAGCCUACGUCACUAAAGCACGUCACUUCCGCCAGCCGUGUCCCGUCGGUUCUUCGUUUCCCGGACCAACCGUUGCCGUGGAAUCACUUCUGUCGUCUGGUCGUCUUGUGGUUCGUUGCCGAAAUCGUUUAAGAACCCCAUCCCUUCGUCGGGUCGCAAUUUUUACCUACGGUGUGUGUGUGUGUGCGUGUGUGCGUGACAUCAUCGCUGAGGCGCGCACGUGACCCUGAACGUCCUGACAGCGUCAUUGUCACGUGACCAACCAAGCCCAUUUAUUGCCUGUCGUCUGCAGCCCCUGUUCGUUGGUGUUCGUCAUCGAGUUGUCACAGUCCGCGAACGCGUCGUCUGCAACUUUGCCGGAUCCUCGUUGAAGUCGCCGCUCAACUUUACCUACCGAGUGUAUCGCACGCACUUCUGCUGUUCUGUCCAUCUACGUCACGUGUCUUGGCUGUGACGUUGUGCGAAAAGAAAAGCGCACUCAUCGUGUUCACCUACGAACAGCCCUUUGUCGCUCUUUCAUCGCAUCAAGACUGCUGCGUCGCUCAAUGGCAAUACUGGAAACGUUUUUGCGAAUCAAAUAUUGUUGUCUUACAAUUGCGCCGUGAAGGUGUAAGCUCUCACUUUAGAGCGAGCACAGACUUUCAAGGCCUAAAGAUCAUCUCGUCUGUCGAUAGUCGUUGAGCAUCACCUUCGAGUGUCUCCUAAACGCUCUAGCGUCAUCGAGAUUUUAAUACGUAACCGAGCUCUGUUGUGUCACUUGUCCGUCUUGUCAAUAACACAUCGUAGAACUGUUGUCUCCUAGCAUUGACGUCAUUUCUAUGCUAGUCCGCUGUGAGAAACACGGAACACAUAUUUGAGUGCUCUUGUCGCGAGUAGGCCAGUUGUCAGUGUUUGCGGAGUGAAUCGAAGUGCAGUUUUCCUGGACCAUUUUUUUCUUUCACUUAUUUAUAUGUUUAGAAUAACGCAUUUAUCGUGCGUUUAAACACCCGCACCAACAUCUCCAUCGUCUUCGACUGAAACAAUCGCCGUGGGUCAAGUCUCUGCGUCAUUGCCGGCGACUUGAAGUUGACCUUGAGUGUGGCAGUAUCUCUGAACUUGUUCCCAAGCACUGUCGAACGCAUCCUGAAGGCUCAACUUACACACCACGCACCUUGAACAGAAGAACCCCGGAGCACAUUUCAGACGACUCACCUGUGACUGACGAAACCUUUGCGUUUAUCCAUAGCCAAACAACACUUGAUCUAUACGAAAUACUUUCCUCGGUGUCGUCUGCUAAAGAGUUUCCCGGGUGUCGUCUGCUAAUAGUUAUCCGCGAAACAUCCAGUGUGUCGGAACUCGCCUGAGAACACUUCAAAGUGAACGCGCUACCAGAAGUGCGCAUAUUACAAGGUUGUGAACAAAACUGAGAGACCGCGGGUGACGUAACCUCCUCGCAGUGGUCUUCGAGACACUACUCGCAUCGCUACGUACUUCGUCGUACCUGUCUAUAGUUCUUGUCGCGUUAAGAUUCCGCUCACUUAAGCGAAUUCAGCGUAAGAAAGCGGAAACUCAGGUUGAUCAUUUCGAGCGGGCUCUUACACCUCUUGGCUUCGACUGCAAGCCGUGAUAAUCAUCGAAACAAUUUCUUUUCCUUGCCGAGAAACCUGGGGGACGAAGUGUCGUCAGCACAAAUGAAAAUCCGCACCCCGAGAAAGAAGACGCUCCUAUUUGGAAGAGCGCGAAUCGAGAUUCGCAAUUUCCUCGACCAGAAGAACGCUUGGGCCAAGCUUCUAGUACGUCACAACUAAGAGAAGUUCUUACAUUAAGCAAGCAACCUCAGCCAGGUCUCAACGCGCGAUUCUGAGCGUCGGUCGUCUUUAAAAGCAGACUCGUCGGAAAAAUCGACCCAAACGUCGAGUUAGCCGAGUCCGCACCUCGACUUCGCAGAGCGUUUCGACUGCAGGUCAGAAUAGGCAGACAAACAACAACAACAACAACAACAACAACAACAACAACAACAACAACAACAACAACAACAACAACAACAACAACAACAACAACAACAACAACGUGUUCCUGACGCUCAAGCCUCCUCGAACUGUCGCGUCGAAUCGACCCGAAGGAGUCGUCCUACGAAGCGAUCGGUAGUCGAUGCGCUGGACUCUGUCUCACCGUGCACUGUGACCCCUUCUGUCGAUCUCCUCAUCCACCCCCAUCAGUGACGUGCCACGGAGCCGCGCCGCCUUCGGAACUACGCCGGAGUGUCGUGUCGAAUCAGUGCUCCCACUCGCAUCCUAGCGCAUCGUCGCCGGCGGCGGCAUGAUUCCCUACUCGACAUGCAUGCGAUUCGCGUCCCGGGACCGUCGCUCACGCAACGCUACGCAGUGGACCGUCUGCAGGAGCCAGAUCGGGCAGCCGGGAUCCACAGUGGUACUCGAGACCGACGAUCACGGCGUGGUCCACGUGAAAGUUGUCGAAUGCAGCGAGGAAGACGCGACGCAAGCCGCCCUGAAACGUCCGGCCACCCUGAGCCAGUCGGAGUACAACCUUCUACAAGCGCUGGACAUCGGCAUUGACCGCCCCCUCACCACGACGCCAUUUUUGACGCUCUACCGGAGACGCGAACGACAACCUGUGCUUCAGCCCUGGAGUCACCUGAUGAAUAAUCUGGAUGACUCCUACCAUGGCGUAUCCGAGCGUCUGCUGGCGCGAGUGGACCAAUGGGCGUUCAACACCUUUGCCCUGGACGCGUGUUCGGGUGGGCGCUCCAUGCCCCUCCUGUGUGUGCACCUGUUCCACGAGUACGGCUUCCUCAGCACCUUCAACCUGGACGCCGUGCGCGUCUGGCGCUGCUUCAACUUGAUUGACGCCGGUUACCAUAGCAACAACCCGUACCACAACUCCGUGCACGCAGCUGACGUCACCCAAGCCAUGCACUGUUUCCUCUUAGAAGACAAGAUCCGCGAGCACAUGAACCCCGUGGAGGCGAUGGCGUCGCUCAUUGCGGCCGUCACCCACGACCUGGACCACCCGGGGGUCAACCAACCGUUCCUUAUCGCUACCUCCAACCACCUGGCUGCACUGUACAACAAUUUCUCGGUGCUAGAGAACCACCACUGGCGCUCUGCCGUGUCCUGCCUGCGUCAGUCUGGGAUUUUCGAUCACCUGCCCACUUCUGUAUGGGAUGAAAUUGAAGAACAAAUUCGGAGCCUCAUCCUGGCAACGGACAUCACUCGGCAGCAGGAGUUCCUGUCCAGGUUCAAGCGAUACUUGGAGAACAACGUGCUCGACAUGGCAGACAAAGAAUACCGUCACUUCAUUCUCCAGAUUGCUCUGAAGUGCGCCGACUUGGGAAACCCCUGCCGUCCCUGGGAUAUCAGCCACCGGUGGAGCCUGCAAGUCUGCAAAGAGUUCUACAGGCAAGGUGACUUUGAGAAACGGCUGAACAUCCCAGUCACGCCAAUCUGUGACAGAGAGAGGACCACGGUAGCCAAGAUACAAGCCGACUUCUUCAAGUUCGUGGUGAGCCCGCUGUUCGAGAUCUGGGACCAGUUCCUGGACACGCCGCUGUCGCGCGAGCUGCUGCGCAACCUGUGGCUCAACCACGUCCAGUGGGAGAAGAAGGUGGCCGCGGCCGACGACUCGGCCGCGUCGGCGUCCUUCGAGACGGACCUCAACGCUCCGCUUGCUUCGGAGGAGGACGAGGGCGACCUGCUCGACUUCGACGACGAAGACGACGAAGAGCUGCCGCCGCUGCUGCGGCGCCGCAGCGCCACGGUGGCCCGCUACUCCUGGAUGGAAGAGACGUUGGGGUCGAGCGCUCGGGGCCGCCGACACAGCAUGCCGCUCAGCCUGCCCAAGCUGCCCUCGCGGACCGUCAUCCGGCGCCGAAGGCAGUCGCUGCCCCUCGCGGUGGCCAAGGGGGUCGCGGCAGCAGCAACGGGAGGCCUGCAGCCGCCGGAGGAGAGGCCCUCGUCGCCGGUGCUGUCGGCCGAGAACUUGCAUCCGACGACGAGCCUGCUGUCGCUGUCGAGCACGCAGGAAGGGGCGCCCAUCAGCACGGUGCUCCAGAGGGUGUCCCGAGAGAGCGAGCGCCGCUUCCUCGUGCACCAACCCAUCUCGUACCCGCCGUACCGCAGGACCUCGGAGCCCUUCGUGGCGACGCCCUCGAAGCGCGCCUUCCCGCGUCGAUCCGAGUCCGUGUUCGCCUUCUCGUCUUCCAUGGAGGUCGAGCUGGGCGACGGCAAGGAGGACCACAGCGGCGACGAGGUUGAGGAAGUGGAGCAGACGGAAGAGCAGACGACAGGGAAGACGAAAGAGCAGACGACAGAGCAGACGAAGGAGCAGACGAAGGAGCAGACGGCGACGGAAGGAAUGGAUGGCGAGGAGACGGCGGAGACUACGGCUACGGAAGAGGGGCAGGGCGACCGAGAAGCAGUCGCUGCGGAGGAGCACGCUCAAGAGGCUGACUCGCCGGACCGGGAAGACUCCUCGAGCUCAAAGACUUGCGAGAACGGCUGCGGAACGCCCUCGCCCCCGCCCUCCGCCGUGACGUCUCCCGCCGGAAGUGACGCGACGCGAGCGAACCCUGGUGCUGGGGGCUCACCUGCCGCGGUGCGGGAACGCGGGAAGGGCGACGCGUCGGGCGACUUGACGUCGGGGAGUUCGCGGGCGAAGCCGCCUGCUCAAACGAAGCGAGCUCGCCUGCAGCGCACACCGGCGCAACUCGCCAACCGGCCGCGCGCGUCACCGUCCGUCGUUCCCACCGCGUCGCCACCCAAGGCCACAUUCACCAUCGAGCCCCCGCCCAACGAGGGCACGUCCUUCGGCCAGAAGUCCAAGGGCCUGGAGACAACCACGUCGCUGGAAAACGAGGAGGCGCCGAUGCCGUCGUGGUCGCACCGCUUCAGCCUGACCAACGAGCGGGAGGCGCACCAGAUCGAGUUCGACCACCCGCCCGAGGCCUCGUGGAGAAACUGCGCCAGGAACAACCGGAGGAGUUCGGCACCGACGGCCCUGGGCCUAGAGCGACAGGUGUCCUUCCUGGACGACCCCGCGAGAGUGGCCGGGACCGUGUCCGAGACGGGAAGCGCUCUUCCCGCUUGUGGCCUGCUAGGCGCACUGCCGCGCCGCUCUUCCAUGCCGUCCGAGCAGCAGCUCGUUCACGCAGAGCUGAGUCGCUCGGAGCUGGUCAGGCUCGCCGCGGUGGCGGCGGCGGCGUCGCCGGCCGCGGCGGCGACGUUGGCGCGUCGCCCAGUGCAGCGCGAGCUGAUCCGGCGCCACAGCAUCGGGUUCCUCGAGCCCGUGGCGCCGUCGUCGGAGUCCGAGGGCGGGUCGUGCGCCACCUCCACGGCGUGCAGCACGCGCCGCGGAAGCUGCGCGCCGCCGCCCCCGCACCCGCGCCGGAGGCACUCCAGCAUCAGCUCCAGGGACGAGGACGAGACACGCGACCUGUUUCUGCCUUUCGUCCCGGCGCCGGCCGCCGCGUCGCCCGGGUCGCUCAGACGACGUCGAGGGUCGCUGCCAGCUGACGUGCCUCUGCCACUCAUGGUGUGCGCUGCGGAGAAACCACAGCAGCAGGGCAGUCGAAGGGUCGUCUCAAGAACUGGGGGUGCCGGAGAUGUGUCGGACACCACGAGGAGGCGUGGCUCAACGGGCGAGAUACUGAGUGCCCUGAUUGGUCCUUACGGAGCACUGCACGCAUUGCAGAACCUUCCUCGGCGUGGCUCGGGCGGCGGUCUGGAGCUGCUGAGUGGACUGUGGCGCUCGCGCACCUUGCUUGGCUCGGACUGGUCGCCAAGCGGUGCACCGCCGCAGCCGGUGUCGGUGGCCGGCCGCUUCAAGCUUCAGCGCCAGGCCUGCUCUCUCGAGUCGACCAGUGUCCAGUCGACGUGCUCAUCGGCUGCCGGCAGCGUGUUCAGCAGCCAACGCCGGGGUUCCUUCCCGCAGGAGUUCUCCCUCUUUUCCUUCAGCUCGGGAGAGCUCUACUGCUGCGACGAUGGAGGUGGAGGUGACUAAAGGCCACGCUGCACCAGUCCCUGCAAGAAGAAGGAAAAAUGCCAAGUUCUUCACGUGGCGAAAAUCCCAAUGCCCACACUUUUACAAAUGAGUCAUCCGCAUCAUGUAGGAACACGAAACAAAAACCAAUAUACAUUAUAUAUACAUAUAUACAUAUAUAUAUAUAUGUAUAUAUAUAUACACACACACACAACAUGAGCAGCAACACACUGCCGAACAUUGAAACACAUCCAAACAGCGCCACAUCACUGGCGCGCUGUCACGUGGCAGUACAAAAACUAUGCAAGCGCGGGAGCAACGCGCGUCGCCGCCACUGCCGCCGCCAAGCCAAGUGACUGGCCAGUCAAAGCUGUCAUCUCCGAAGACAGCGUCUUGCCACGAAGGGGAUUUCACAACCAAUCAACCAAGCCCAGUUAUCAUUCUACUACUACUGCUACUACUACUGCUACUAGUGUGUGAUGCUCGGAUCGCCGCCAGUGGCAAGACCAGACUCAAACAGUGCGCGCGACAGCUGCUGUGGUGGGUGGGAUCUGUUUGGUUGUCUGCGACAUCCAAAAUCACAGAACGGCAUGGUUCUACCGCACUUUCUGUCUUAGCCCGUGGCGCCGACUUCUGUCGGGCUUGUAGUGGUCACUUGUGUUCUCAUUUCUUUGUGUUUCUUUGUGACGCCAUAUCAGACAAGAGACUGGAGAUCAAGUGUUUUUAGAUCGCAAACUUUUUUUUAUUCCUUUUAUCUUGGAAGAUAGUUCACGUCCUGCUGCAACUUCCUCGUGUGUGUUUUUUUAUUUUUGUUGGAGUGUGUUUGCACGUCUUCCUUCCUCUUGAAUCCAGAGAGUGUGAUGAGUGUAUGUCCAGUUUUAAUGUGUGUCUCGGUGUGGCCACAUGUGAGCGGUGACGUUGAGCACGUGUGUCGUGUGACCUGAUUUUUUUCCCCAUUAAGAUCAACAGGGUGGCUGUGUGCUAUAUUUCGGUGACAAUUACCUUGUACACCAUUGCAAAAUUUUUGUGAUUCGCAGAGAUUGUCAUGCACACUCAAAACAAAACGUUACUGAUGUGAAGUUUUAUGCGAUGAGUGAUUCAGCAUGUCCAGAGGGUUCAGUUGCUGGCGUUUUCAUGGUGCACAUUGUAAUUAAUCAAGCAUGGGUCAUGUGACACCAGGAACACAAAUGGCACUUGCACAUCUUGCUUACUUCGGAGAAAUAAGCACAUGUCACCUUACUUAUGGAUCAUCAGCGAACUUCGUUGGAUUGCUAUCGUUAUUGAAUUGUGUGGAGAUGAGUACCUGAGCUUCCGCCAUCAAAUUGAAAUGUCAUGCUUCUACAUUACGACAAAACCCUAUGUGAGGUGUUCAGUAGGUUGAUCAAAUUGAGUGCCUAAUUGCACCAAGUAAAAAAUAUAUAGAUGCAACACAAGAGCAAUUUCACAGGGUGUUCGAAUAUGUGUCGUCUUCAAGUUUUCGUUCUUCUAUGUGUAAAAGAGAAGGAAGCUAAAUUCUAUAGCAACAUGCUAUUACAUAAUCGUGAUUAAGUUGGCAGGAAGAGUAGUCUGCAGUCAUUCAUAAUUUUUAGCACCCUGAUGCAGUAAAAAGAUUUCACAAUAGUAAUACUGACCUUUCAAUACAAGCACAUCUGUUGCUGUGUUCUGCUCUGGGUUUAAUUCCAUUGCAUCGAAUUUUCCUGAUUGCUCAAAGUUGAAGACCCAUGAAUGCUGAAAAGCUCUGCAAAAUGGUCCUUGGUCCAGUAUGUUCCAUAAUAGUGUUAUUCAAGGUCGUUUUAUUUGGUGUGUUAUUAGUUUGUUUCUGCUUUCGUGCUUUGUUACCUUUGAUUCACCACAGUUUUCAUAUUGUGUUCACCUGAGUUUGUGCAUUCUUACAUUCUAAUGUCUAUUUAGUUUUCUCGGAUGCCUGAAGCAGCUCCUCUGUAGAAGGUAUGGAUUAACGGGUCAUGAAGACUUUGUGUGCAAGUUUCCCUGCAAAAUUGCCAAGUUUGUGUUGGACGCAUAAGCGGAUGAUGAUGUUAAAAUUCAAUGUAAUUUCAGGCAACUUGUAGCAAAUACAUAUGCACCAUAGUAUUUCAGGUUAAAAAUGUUUCUUGGACACAAAAUACAAUUAUGUGUAAAGCGUACGGUUACUUUACAUGCCCCCAAUUGAUGUUCUGGGCUUACGUGAACGCCUUCUCUAUGAGCCUAUCCCGCAGCCUUCUCUGCUUAAAACAUGCUACCAGUGACGUAGUCAGACGUCUUUUUUCGAGGGGAGAGGGCACGCACUUGACCGGGAAUGAGAAGGGUGAAGGGGUUGAAGGGAGGUGGGGGGGGGGUGUCACAUGACUGGUGUGCCCCCCUCUGGCUACAUCACUGCAUGCAACACAGGCUUUCUGGGGAGAAGGGAGGGACACAUAGAGAAGGCCGUAAUGAGCAACGAUUUCUGUGAGCUGGAACUAAGUGCCAUAGACACCUGUACUGACGAAUGCAAGUCAAUGGGAGUAACCUCUUCCCGGGCUACUUGCGCAUGAAGCUUUCCUCAUGACCUGACUGUUUGAGACUUCAUUAAAUGCAAAGCCUACCUCUCUAGAGAACAACAUGCGUCUGUUUUGUCUCCCUUCUUGCUGAUUGGCAUAUUUCACAGAGCUGCACAAGUGGCAGGCUUGUAAAGCUUUUUUUGCCUGUCGCUUAACGGUGCUUGGAACAAGCGUGGCAAUCGAGUCUAGCUAUUUGUGUUCUAGCAGUGUGGCUCCCGACAGCCGUUUAGGUCAUAUGCUCGUAUAGUAAAUGCCAAGAUGCUGAAAAUACUGAGCUGCAAUUGUCUCUUCAAGAGGCCUGCAUCAAAGAGCUACAGUAUUUUUGCAUGCAGAGCCUGCAUCGAAAAUUUAAUAAACUUUAGUACGUGGUGGAAACGCAACUUUGCCUUGAGCAGCUGUUGGCUUAAGCGGUCAUUUCUUGGAAAAAAAAAACAGAUUUGCUGCCAUGAAGACAUUCUUCUUUUCUUUUGAAGCAAGAUUCUAUUGCAGUGAAGGCAGACCUCAAGGCAACGUUUGCAAUAAAUGUGUAGACAUACAGCAGAUACUAUUAGAUUUGGGGCUCGCCAGCAUUCUACCCAAGCAUGGCAUAAGCUAAAUAGUAGGCAUAUAAAUCUUUCAAGUACAUUUGCCAAAUAUGACAUUAGAAAGAUUUCCCAAACAUGAUGUUAUUACAAGAAACUUGUCCUGCUUCACACAAACUAGCUGCAGAUUAAAUUUAACUCUUGCUACAUUUUUGUAGGCAAGAAUUAAAUUACUGGGUUCACCUUUCUCACAUAAAUUUGUCUGCAUGUUGCCUUGAUGCAUUGCGUCAUCGGCCACGUCUAGAGCUGCGGUCUAGAGGAGCCAUUUAACGAGGCAAUAUUCCUGUCACAACAAGUUCGGCGCUCUGAGCAUUCAUGUAGUAAAUUUAUUACUGAUUUAGAAACAAUGUGGGGCAUCACAAAAAUAUACGUGUAAGAUAUAUUUGCAAUAAAGGAAAAUUUGCACCUUUGCUUA